AUGGGUAACGGAUCCGAGCCCAACCGGCGAAACGGAACUAUCGGUGUGUCUCCCGCUAAGCUGGCGAAGACGGCGGAUGCAGGUUUGAAUGGGCAAAUGAGUGAUGUUCCCCAAAAUAACGUUCUUAUAAGGAGCGGUGGUAAUGAUUCUAGUGGUGGGAAGGGCCGAGCGUUAAAGAAGUCAGGUUCCUUGACCGUUGGAAGCGAUCCAGUGGCAACGCAAAAGUCGCAGGUGGCGUCGCAGCUGUCAUCGCAAGUCCUGCCGCAGUCGCACAUCCACGCCAUGGACGGAAAUAGAUUACUGUCGCAGUCGUCGGGGCUAAGACUGGCUGAGCUCUACGCAUUGGCGAUGCAGCAGAAACAGGAAACCCAUAGCGAUGGAAAUGGGGACAUGGGAGGUGGUCAAGGGGAUGAGGAACCCGAAAGACCAGCGGAUUUGUACAGUAAUGACCUUGGUGCGAGCGAGGCUGAUACGAGACCGGUAUCUUCUGGGCAGGUGCAUCAGGAGCCGAAGACUCUGGCGAGGCAACAACAGGUUUCCCUGCUUAUGCAGCAGUCGCAGCAGCAGUCGCAGUCGCAGUCGCAGGGGCAGUCACCGGCGCAUUCGCAGCAGCAUCGCCGUUCCCCUUCACCCUUCCUUCGCCAGGAGCCGCAAGGGGAUGCAUCGGUACAAGUCCAUGCGCAGCAGUCGGGCGGGCGGAAAUGCGGAGAAGGCGGAGCAGAGGCACCUGAACGGGCAGCCACCUCAGCAGCUGAACGGGUGGCACGAGUCGAUCAGACAGCAGGCGGUGCCGUUACAACAGCUGCAGCAGGAGGCAGAGCAGCGGCUGGGUUUCCCAGCACAGCCAGCAUUGGGGAGUCGGUUCCAGAGGCAGAUCGCAGGGCAUCAGGACGGACAGGAGGGGCAAAAGGGACAGGAGGGACAGGAGUGGCACGAGGGGCUGGAGGCGCAGGCUUAACAUCAGAGGCAUCAUUAGGCGGAGGAGCCACAGGGGGAGGCACAGGAGGAGCGGAAUUGUACAAAGAGGUGGAAAUGGUGGUGGACAGGGGACGGUCGCACCUGCUGUCCGAAGCAGCACGGGCGAAGCACGACGCAGCGAGGCUGAGAGCUGACGUGUGGCACAUGUGGCGGGAGGUGGCGAGAGCUAAAGAAGACGUGGCACGGGCGCGGGAAGAAGGGGCGAGAAUGGCAGAGAAAGCAGCAGGGUCGUUAGAGCAGGCAGCCGUUGCACUGGAGCUUGCUGCAGCCUGCGAACAUGCAGUGGGGGGUUGUGUGGGGAAAGAAGGGGAUGGGAGCGCUGGGAUUCGCGUGGUUGUAAGAAUUGAAAAUGCUGUGGGUGCAGGGUCGUUCGGGGGAGGUCCAGCAGGAACGGGAGCCACCUCCACUCCCUCGUCGGCAGCUUCCUCACCACGGUCCCUCCAUGCCGAGCCGUUUGGUUCGGCCGUACGUGGCUCGUCGGGUCGGGGAAGCGGUGGUAGUGGUGUUGGGUUGGGGAGCGGCCCUGGGAGCAACAGCAGCAGGCCUGGUAGUGCCUCCAGUCGGCCCGGCAGUGGGAGAGUGAGAUUAGUUGCAGGGGGAGGUAGUGCCGGCAGUGGAGUCAUGGGGAGUGGCAGUGAGGUGGCGGACGUAGGAGAUUCCGAUGGCAGUGAUGCCAAGGGGUUGGAGGGCUCAGUGGCUGGAGGGGGAAGUGGUGAUCUUUCUGCCGCUGCUUCUUCUGCUGCUACAUCUGGAGCAGCAGCAGGAAACCCUGCAGUACGCCGGAUAUCCUCCGCAGUAGGUAUGGGAGCAGCAGGUUCGGGAGGCGCUGGCCGGUCUGGUCCGGGGUCAGGCCCGAUGGUGGUUCGGGGAAGUCGGGUUUUAAGGAAGAUCAGCACCUCUCCAAUGAGAGUCUUACAAGCUGUCAACUUGCCCCCUUCGGGGUCAGCAGCAGCAGGGGCCGCUCCAGGGGCAGUGGUGGGAGCUGCUUGGGCAGAUGGAGGAGGAGUUAUCGGAGGAGGGCGAGGAGGGGGGCUUAUGGGUAAAACACGGGGGGCGAGCAACAGUGUUCCCGUUCCUCCUCCUCCUGCUGCUGCUGCUGCUGCUGCUGGUGGUGGUGGUGGUGGUGGUGGUGCUGCUGCUGCUGCUGCUGCUGGUGCUGCUGCUGCUGCUGGCUCUGCUGUUGCUGGUGGUUCUGCGGGUUCUGCUGCUGCUGGCGGUGGUUCUGGUGGCGGGACAGGGGCAGGGUUGGGCCGUGGAGUGGGCAGUGCUGCAGUUGCUGCUGGGAGUGCGGGAGGCAGAGGUGCCACGCGAGGGGUGGCUGGAAGAGGAGGGCUGGCGGUGGGUGGGUCUGGUAUGGUAAUGCAGAUGCCUCUGCCACAUCUGGCCGGGGGAGUAGCAGCAGGGUCUGCUGCUGGUGCUGGUGCAUUAGGGUUUGGGAUGUAUGGAGGGGGUACUGCUGGUGCGGGUGCAGCAGGGGCAGGGAGGGGAGGUGGUGGUAGUGGUGCUGGUGCUGGUGAUAUGAACAACCCCUUUCACCGCUCCACGUCCCUUGGUGUCUCAGAAGGCCGGCUAAUGGCCAGAGCAGCAGCGUAUGGAGGUGCCAUGAUGCGCCCUCCCAUGCACGCCAUGCCCAUGCCUGCUCAUGCUGCCACUGCUGGUGGAGCAUUGGGACCAGCCGCUGGUUCUGCUGCUCCUGGAAUGGCUGCUGCUGCAGCAGCAGCAGCAGCGCCAGGAGGAGCGUUCUGGCAGCGGUCUAUGUCUUCCGCGCAUCAGCACAUGCACGCGAUGCAGUAUGGCCAUUUGCCUGUGCCGCUGGGUCCUCUUGGCUUCCCCACGGGCCAUUCUGCUGCGUCAUUACUGCGCCAUGGUAGUGGUCAGUUAUUUCAGCCAUACCCUGUAGGGGCGUUCGUACCACCCGGUACCUCUGCUGCUGCUGCUAAUCCUUCUGCUGCUAAUGCCGCCGCCGCAGCUGCUGCUGCUGGUGCUGGUGGUGCCGCUGCAGCUUCUGGCACUGGUUCGGCAGCAGCGGGCCAUUCUGAAGCACCAGGGCAUACAGCCAACCAUGUGCAGCCACCCUCCGGCACCUCUGCUGCUGCAGCAGCCAUGACACAAGGCCUGGCUUGGCAAACCGCGUCUCAAGCCGCUCCUGCUGCUGGUGGUGCUGGUGGCGGUGCUGCUGCUGCUGGUGGUGCUGGUGCUGGUGCUCCGAAUGCUGCAUCUGAGGCAUGGGGAAGGAGCAGCACGAUUGGAGCAUCAAGGCAUGCCUUCAGUUCCGCACACUUGGCGCGUGGCAUGGGUGCGAUGGGUUACGGGGCAGGAAGCUCUGCAGCGGCGGCGGGGGGUGGGAGGGGAGGGGUGCUGUUGUUGGGCGUUGGGGGGGAUGGGAACCGGUUGCUGUCACGUGCUCAGAGCUGCAGUGUUGCAGAGCUGGACUUGAUGCCUCCGGAGCUCAUGAAAACCACGUCGUUCCAUGCGCAUAGUGGCCAGGGCAAGGAGUUUUUCCUCCGCCAAGUCACGCUUCCCACACAGCGCACGUCUGCUGCUGAUGAGGUUUCUUCUUCUGCUGUUGCAGGGCCUGCUGCGUCUUUUGAUGCGCCUCGAAAGGCCUCUGCUGCGGGACCUGCUGCGUCCGCUGUGUCUGGUGCUGCUGAUAGUCGUGCUGGGGGAAGGGUGGUCAAAGCAACUAGAUCAGCCAGUAGUGGUGGUGGUGGUGAUGGUGGUGGUGGUGGGGUCAGCAGUGGUGGUGCUAGGACCGUUGCUGCCCCUGGUGCUCCUGCUGGGAAAGCAGCACUACCUGCUGAGGGGAGAGACAGGAGAGGGAUGAGGGAGAAAGCAGUCGGGGCGGUGUCUGGAGUAAGCAGCUCUCUAGGGCAGGCUUUGAGGGGAGGGAGGAGAGGGGCAGGUGGAGCGACAGGGAGGGCUGCAGCAGGCGGUGGAGGCGCAAUUGGUGUUCAGAAUAGAGUGGCAGGAAGGGGAGGUGAGGUGGGUGGGAGAGAUAGGCCUUCUGUAGAGGACACUGCGUCUUCAUCUUUUCAGUCUGAUCACGGUGAUGAGGACGAGCUGGAGGAAGGUGAGGUGCAGGAUGAGGGGAUGAGUGUGGAGGACAAUGGUAGUGAUAAUGAUGGGAGAUAUGAAGAUUUAGAAGCUGCAGGGGAGGAUGAUGGGGAUGAGGAGGAUGGAGAAGAGGGUGAUGAUGCUGAAGGAAGUGAUGGUGCGGAAGAAUGGGAGGGAGAGGGAAGUAACAGUGAAGCGCAAAGUUCAUCCGGUGACUUAUCUGCCUCCGCCAACCUCCUUUCCAACCCCAGUUUUGAGGGCGGCAGCUGGGACAACUACGGCAGCGCCGUCACUUCCGCCUGCUUCCCCCCUUCCGCCUCUGCUGCCCCCUCCGGCCCUCUCCUGGGCACAUGCGGAAUCCGCCUCGCGCCCUCCUGCUCAUCUUCUCCAGGUGACUCCUGCUGGGGCGCCCUGGGUCAGGUGGUUCCAACAGAGCCAGGUGCCGUGUACCAGCUGCAGUUUUACUUUACUGUUCCAGCACCCUCCUCCUCCUCUUCCUCUUCCUCUUCCUCCUCUUCCUCCUCCCUCUACACGCCACCGUUCGAGCUUCAAGUGAAGAUCAGCGGAGCACCAGUGCUCUUCACAUCCGAUUUUACCACCGCCACAACUGACACUAGCAGCAGCAGCCAGAGCAGCGUGGGAGGGUUGGUGCCGGGGCGAUUCGCCAUGGGGUCUGUGCUAUUUGCUGCGGCGGGGACAGGCAAUACGAGCAUUGUGUUCCAAGUCAACAACACGGCCUUUAGCGCUAUCAUUGAUGCUGCUGUGCUCACCAGAAUCUACCAGAAUGCCCUGUCUUUGCAACCAGCCCCACCUCUUUGCGCCUCACACCACCCAUUGCUGCCGCUGCCUCUCCCACCGAUUCGGGCGCUGGUAACACUGGUGGUGGUGACACUAGCGGUGACCGAUCCUUCCUCCACCACCGAUCCUACUGCCUCCUGCCCUCUCUCACAGUACGUCGCCUCUACCAGCAGCAGCAGUGGUAGCAGCACAGGUGGCGUUUUCCAAGCACCGCUGGACCUCUGUACUGCUCUGUGGCCUGACACUCUCAGCAGUGCCAGUGGCAGCAGCAGUGGCGCAUGGCCGUUCUAUGCUGGUCUGGCGGCAACAGCAGUGGGGUUCGAGUAUCAGAUCUCCCAAUGGAGUUUCCAAGCUUUUCCACAACAGCAAGGCGCCCCCCCAGGCCCACCCGCAGGAGCCCCUCCGGUGACCUCUACUCCAGCAGGCACAGCGUGGGGUGCGAUCAGCAACGGAGGCUUCGAGUCUGUGCUGCUGCGCCCCUCACACUCCCUCACUGCACCGGACUCCACCUCUCUCCCUUACUGGCGCCUCACUCAAGGCAACGUGUCCGUCCUCGUGACACCCCCUCCUCCCUCCUCCUCCUCCUCCUCCCCCUCCUCCUCCUCAUCGUUGUCAUCCGAUUCUUCCACUUCUCCUUCCUCCUCCUCCCCCACCCCUGUUGACGGGUGGCUCCCAGGGGCCAAUAUCCCCCUGCGGCCCCUCAUUGGCUCAUCCAGUCUCGUCCUCCUCAGCUGCCCAAAUAUUUUUUUCCUCGGGCAGGCAUGGCCCGGGGCAGAGUGCACGUCGGGCAGCGUAGAGCAAGAAUUAAUAGUUUCAUCCGGGCAGCAGUAUAACCUGACUCUAUCAGUGUUUGGCACUCCUGGGGCGUCAGUUGAGGUGCAAGUCAAGGGGAAUGGCGUGGUGGAGGGAAGCACAGGAGGAGAGAUUGGCUUAUUCAAAACACUCACCCUGCAAUGUUCAGAUACCGUUAUCCCCUCUCCAUCCUCAUCAUCUUCCUCUUCCUCCUCUUCUUCCUCCUCUUCCUCCUCUUCCUCCUCUUCCUCCUCCUCGUCUUCGUCCCCUUCUCCCUCUCCCUCAACCCCUCCUUCCACAGAGUGUAAUUCCUCCACUGUAGUAUACAUCCAAUCCUCCUUCUCCCUCACCCCCUCUUCCACUUCAGCCACUGAGGUUGGUGUGGUGGCCAGGGCACAGCACAAGAGCGUGGUGCGCAUCCUGGGGGCGUGCCAUGAAGGGCUGGAGCGCCUAGUAGUCUACGAGCACCUUCCCCCGCGCUCGUCCCUCUUCCACCGCUUGCACCGGUGCCGUGAUGAUGUUCUGUCGCUGGAGCAGCGGCUGAGGGUUGCUGUGGAGGUGGCUGAGGGGCUGUGCUUUCUGCACUCGCAGCGCCCGCCGAUCGUGCACCGGAAUCUGAAGCCCGGGAAUAUCAUGGUGUCCGCAUCUGGGAUGCAGGCGAAGUUGGCGGAUCUGUGCUUUGCGCGGCUGUCAAGUGAGCGGCGCGGCAGCGUGGUGCCGAGAAGGGCGCAGGAAGAGGGGUAUGUGGACCCGGAGGUGGUGCUCAUGCCGCACCAGGCGCCACACACCAAGUCAGACGUCUUCAGCUAUGGCGUGGUGCUACUGGAGCUGCUGACGGGGCGCCUGGCCAUCAUGCCUGACCAGGACGACCCCCACCAGCGUCUCAACAUCACUGACUGGGCCGUCCAUUACAUCAAGGAGCACGAGGUACAUCUGAUCACAGACCCACGCAUCGCCAUCCCAGCUCACCUACAGGCCUUCCAGGCACUGGGAGAGCUAGCAGUGGACUGCGUCAAGAUGCCGUCCCUGCGCCGCCCUAGCAUGCCCACCGUACUGCGCCGUCUGCUAGUGAUUAUCAAGCGCCGCUUCAGCCUGCGGGGGACUCCGCCCCCCGAUCCCACCUUCAGUGGGUUCUAUGCUGAUGUGGCAGGUGAUGCGACAGAUGCUGCAGGGGGUGGUGCUGGUGGCGGUGCUGCUGCGGCGGCAGCAGCGGCGGCGGCGGCAGCGGCGGGUGGGUGUUUUUUGAGUGGGGAGAUGCUCAACAGCCAGGAUCUAAACGAGGCCUUUUUCAGUGGGGAGAUGAGCGGGGAUCUGAGUGGUGACUAUGUGAGCAGCCAAGCGCACGCCUUUGCCAGUGCUGCUGGUAGCGGCAGUGAAGGUAGGAGUGGUAGUUUCGGCACGGGUGGUGGUUCUGGCGCCCCGAUUCCCGGUCUGUCCGGCGAACUGGUGAGCAGGAGUGCGCUUAAAAGAGGUAGCAGGGCAGCGGAAGGGAGUGGUGGUGGUACUGUUGCUGCAGGAUCGGCUAUCAGUGAGGGGGACGAGGGCGACGGGGUUGGGAGCAGAAGCAGAGGGAGCCGCGGAACAGGGAGUGUUGGAGGCAGUAGUAGCAAGUCUGGCGGUGGUGGUGGUGUUGUUGGAUGUGGAGGAGGAGAAGGAGGAGCAGUGCUGGUCUCUCUUCCUGAGGAUUCGGGUAAAGUUGACAGAUCUAGCGGCAUGAAUAGUGGGGAGGGUGUGGAGGGUGUGGAGAGUGGGAGGUUGGCAUCUGAGCUUGAGUGUGUGGCUCUGGUGGCAAGAGACGCGCCAGGACAAGUGCAGGAGGGAGGAGGAGGCGAUUGUUUAGAUGGAAGUGCUGAUCGUGGUGAUGGUGACGGUGAUGAGCGUAACGAGGAGGAGGAAAUGGAGUAUGAUUCUGCAACUUCUUCGUCGCUUCCUCUGUCGGUGGGGUCUAGAACACGAGUGAGGAACCUUGCACCUGCUGCUGCACUGGCACCAUCGCCACUGUCAGCGCCACUGCACACACCACCACAACCUCCCACAGUGCUGCAAGCAGCAGCAAUCAUACCGGCAGAAGAGGUAGACCAAGCAGCGGAAGUGGGAGCAACACUUGCAGGAGCGACGGCGGCAGCAAGAGCAGCAGCAGGAAUGACCUCAAACGAUGAAAAUGAUUAUGACUACCAAUAUGACAACGACGGUGGUGAGUUGUACAGUCUGCAAGUGCUCAGUGGGGAGAUAGCGGGGCCGUCGUCGGCGAGCUUGGCAAGGGGAGUGGGGUAUGAAGGAGCGGUGCAUUCAGGGGAGCUGCGCUCAGGGGACCUGGGCAGUGGGGUGAGCAACAGUGGGGAGAUUCCUUUUAGCUUUGGCAUGAGCGGGCUACGUGGAGGGAAAGAAGGCUUGACUUGA